GAGUGGCGUUCGAUUGUGAGGUUUAGUCUAGAACAUCCCCGGAGAGUCCGUGAACGGAACACGAACAGAAGGAAAAGAUGCGCGUGUUUGGAGUUGCAGUUGCGUGUGUGGCGUUGAUCGGUGCUACGGUGCUCGCGGAAGCACCACUGCCCGGUGGCUAUCCCGGUGGAAACGGUAACGGAGGAUACGGUGGCGGUGGUGGCAACGGUCACAGCAACGGUGGCUUCGGUGGCAACGGAAACGGUGGUGGAUUCGGCGGCAAUGGUGGCGGUGCCGGUGGCGUACUGUUACAGAAACCGGUGGGCCAGCAGACGUCCGAAGGUUUGAUGGUCGAUCCGCAGCUACUGGAGCAGGUCAAGAUGGUGCUGCUGCAGCACGAACAGGAAUCGGCCUCACAGAACGGUGGGGGCUCCAACUCCGGUCCCAGCACCUCGUACGGACCGCCGCGCGGUGGAAUGGAGCGCAUCAUUGGUCUGAUGCUGGAGCAGCCGAUCCAGAGCAUUCCACUAGCCGAGUACUGGCAGGGUGAUCAGCAGCCACCGAGCAACAGCUACGGACCACCGAGCGGAUCCUACGGUGUACCUCAAUAGACUGCCACAACGCCAACGACGAUAGUGAAUGAAAUGGAUCGCAGACGAUGAAAAGAUAUAGAAAAAAAAACAUUAAUGCAGAGAAAAAAAAAUCGAAAAAAUAAAUAGAAAAUUUGU